AUGUCUGCCUCCCGAGAGAGUCUACCAUACAAAAUCGUGGAUAAAAUUCCCGUCCCUCAGCUACGAUCGCGCGAGGAUUGGCCGGCAUGGAAAGACUACAUUGAAAGGACCGCAAAGAUCUGUGGAGUUUGGGAAUUCUGCGAUCCAGCCAACACGGAAGACGAAUAUCUGGAACAGAAGGCAAAGCUUUCGGAGCCUACAUUCCGAACAGUCCGCGAUGAUGCAUGGUCCAUUGCUGACCUUGAGGAUGCGGACUUCCAGAAACUCCGGAAAUUAGUCAAAGAGUACAAGGAGAAUAAGGAUGGGCUUGAUCAAAAGCGGAAGGCUAUUGAGACGAUUCAGCAGCUCAUCAAAUCCUCCGUUUCUGGGCAAUAUACCAAGUACAUCUUUGGGGCUACUCCAUACUACCAGCUGACGGCACUUUCGAGAACUUUCAGUGGCCCAUCUCCUGAAGAUAUCAAUGCGGUGUCCUCCGAGUGGCUUGCACUUCAACAGCUGGCAGAGUCUCAGGAUAUCCAGCAGUAUGUUACUCGCUGGAAAGCGCUCUUCGAGAAAUGCCUCAGCCUGAAGAUGGCGAAUGGUGCUCCAGACCAGGCUCUGGGAAAGAGCUUGCUGGAUUCCCGGGAAGCAGCUACGAUGUGGAAGCCUCUGCAGUUUCAGUUUUGGUUCGUGAAUCCUGGGCUCUCAGAGUUUGAUCAGGAGUCCACAGAUAGCUGGGGGAUAGCGCCGAAGGCCAGCACAGUAGCCGCCGAUAAGAGUCAAACUGAGGAGGAUGGAAAAUUCGAUAUUUCAUGGUCCACCGACGCAGGUGCACAUUCAGACGAGGAAGGUGAAGCUGCAGAUGACUGGACGGCUUAA